AUGGCUAGGGCUUGGAUUGUCGAUGGCAGAGGAAUAGCGAAAAAGGUGAAAAGUGCUGGCUUGCCCUAUCAAAUAAACGAUUGUGGAGCUAAUCGGCAAUGCCCCAACUGCAAGCAUGUUAUUGAUAAUAGUGAUGUUUGUGUUGAUUGGCCCGGUCUUCCUGCUGGGGUAAAAUUUGACCCAUCUGAUGUGGAGCUGUUAGAACAUUUGGCCGCGAAACGUGGGAUUGGGGAUGCAAAAUCCCACGUGUUAAUUGAUGAAUUUAUCCCUACACUUGAAGGUGAAGAGGGCAUUUGUUACACUCAUCCAGAGAAUCUUCCCGGAGCGAAGAAAGAUGGUACUAGCAUCCACUUCUUUUACAGAAUCAUCAAUGCAUACUCUAUCGGUCAGCGCAAGCGCAGAAGAAUACAUGACCAAGACAACAUAAUAAAUUCUCAUGUCCGUUGGCACAAAACCGGAAUAACCAAACCCGUGACUGACAACGGGAUUCAAAAGGGUUUUAAAAAAAUCAUGGUCUUGUAUGCAACGUCUAAGAGGGGAUCCAAGCCCAGUAGGUGUCAUUGGGUGAUGCACCAGUUUCAUCUUGGGACUCACAAGGACGAGACAGAGGGGGAGCUUGUGGUCUCGAAAAUUUUUUACCAGCCGCAGAAGGAGAAUGACAAACACGAGGCGUGCUCUGUGACUGAAGAAUGUGAUGUAGCCACUGGUCAAGUGAUCCCAAAGACUCCCAUGACAAAUACUCCCGACCCUCCUCGACCAGAAAAUACUCCCCCUUCUGAUUAUGUCCCGAGUGAUUAUUUCGUGCAGUCGUUUGUCCAGGACAAGGAAUAUCUCAAGGAGCCUCUUAAUUAUCUUUUGCUUGAUUCUCGUACUGGAAAUAAAAUGGGUCAUGCCACCUGUUUGGAUGGGAACUCUGAAGUCGUUGAUCUGAGUCGAGCUGACUCCCUAUUGUGCGACGAGAUAAUUGAUUCAUAUAUGACUUGGGGUGAUUUGAAACCAAAUAUCUCCUCCUCGACUCAAGCCAGUGUCGAUGUAAGUGGUUCAUCACAUCAGAAAUAUGGAAGUGCUUCUUGUGAUGUUAGUGAUCUCGACAACUUAUUGCUCGAUACUCCACCAGAUUUUCAGCUUAGUGAUUUGCAGUUUCCAUCCCAGGAUAGCGUGUUUGAUGUGUUGGACCGGUUAUAA